UAAUCUAUGAUAGACUUUUAACUAGAACGUUUUUCCUUUCCGAUUUUUCUAACAAAAAGAGGAAUUAGAGGAAUUACUUUAACGGUGUAAGGAGGAAAAACUUUGGUCAAGAUGCCACAAACAACACUCUUCCGUUCGGAAGAGAUGUCUCUCAUCCAACUAUACAUACCAUCGGAAAUAGCUCAACCAACUGUGGCGGAAUUGGGAGAAUUGGGCUUGAUUCAGUUUCGAGAUUUAAAUCCGGAUGUAAAUGCAUUUCAACGUGCAUUUGUUGGUGAAAUAAGACGAUAUGAUGAAAUGGAAAGACACCUUCGUUUUUUUGAAACUCAAAUUACAAAGUCCGAUAUUCCAGUUCGUCCAUUAACUGGAAUAAAUGCACGUGUAAGGAAUGCACAGGAAGUUGAUGAUCUCGAAGAUAAAAUUCGAGAACAUGAAAGGCGCAUAUCACAAAUGAAUAGUUCAUAUGAAACUUUACAAAAAAGAUAUUUAGAAUUAACUGAAGCUAGACAUGUUCUUAAAGAAACAGCAGUAUAUUUCGAAGAGGCAGUAUCUCGUCAAGAUAAUAUUCGUCACUCUUUUGAUGAACCUAGCGCCCCCUUACUAGACCAAGACGUCGAACAAGGUGGUGGAGGAGGAAAUGUUGGUGGUGGCGAAAGCCAACCAAUGACUCUUGGUUUCGUUACUGGCGUAAUAACCAGAUCAAAGAUGCAAACUUUUGAACGAAUCCUUUGGCGAGCCUUACGUGGUAAUCUCUACCUAAAUUACGCCGAAAUCGACGAACCUAUUACGGACCCCGAAACUGACGAAGUACUUGAGAAGAAUGUGUUUAUUAUAUUUGCUCAUGGUAAAGAAAUUCUAAAUAAAAUUAGAAAAAUAUCUGAAUCAUUGGGUGCAACACUAUAUCCUGUAGAUGAUAGUUCAGAUAAAAGACAGGAGCACUAUCGUGAAGUUAAUGCACGAAUUGAUGAUUUAAAUUCUGUGCUACAAAAUACUAAUAAUGCUAGAAGAGCUGAAUUAUUGAGUAUUGCUGAUGACCUUACAUCUUGGAUUACUCUUAUUAAAAAAGAAAAAGCUAUUUAUCAUACGAUGAAUCUUUUCAAUUAUGAUGCGAAUCGUAAAUGUUUGAUUGCAGAGGGUUGGUGCCCUACAAAUGAUAUUAAUCCAAUCCAACAAGCACUUAGGACUGCUACGGAAGAAUCAGGGUCCACAGUUCCAACUAUUUUACACGAAUUACGUACUUCAAAAGAACCCCCGACUUAUCAUCGUGUUAAUAAAUUUACUUCCGGUUUCCAAGAAAUUGUUGAUGCAUAUGGUGUAGCUAGAUAUCGUGAAGUUAAUCCUGGAUUAUUUACAAUUAUUACUUUCCCAUUCCUCUUUGCUGUUAUGUUUGGCGAUUUUGGACAUGGUAUCAUGGUUACAUUAUUCGCUUUAUAUCUUGUAAUUUUUGAGAAAAAGCUUGCCAACGGAAAGUCAAAGGGAGAAAUAUUUGAAAUGUUUUUUGGCGGUCGAUACAUUAUUCUUUUGAUGGGUUUAUUCUCAAUUUAUACUGGAUUGAUUUAUAAUGACAUCUUUUCUCGGGCCAUGCAUUUGGCACCAUCUGGCUGGCAAUUGGUCGAAGAUCCUAGUAAACCGGAUAAAUUAAUUGGCCAACAAACUGGUGUUUACGCAAUUGGUGUCGACCCGGCAUGGCAUGGUGCUGAAAACUUUUUAUUAUUCACCAAUUCUUACAAAAUGAAAAUGUCGAUAAUUCUCGGUGUUAUUCAGAUGAGUUUUGGUAUAUUCCUUUCAAUAUUUAAUUACGUCCAUUUCAAAAAAACCUUGAGUAUCUGGGCUGAAUUCAUUCCUCAGAUACUAUUUAUGCAAUGUAUUUUUGGAUAUCUUUGUUUCACGAUCAUUUAUAAAUGGUCUAUACCUUGGUAUGAACCUGAUGCUAGUGGAAAUCCAAGGGUGAGCCCACCAGGAUUGUUGAAUUUAUUAAUUUAUAUGUUUUUACAACCUGGUCACGUUGAUAAAGAGAACGAAUUAUAUUCUGGACAGGGAACUGUACAACUUGCAUUGCUUGGAGUAGCUGUAAUUUGUAUACCUUGGAUGUUGUUCACAAAACCUUUAAUCUUGCGUCAUGAGAAUAAUGAGCACGGCGGAGCAGUAGUAGCUGAGGAAAUGCAUGAGGAAGAAGAAUUUGAUUUCGGGGAGGUUAUGAUUCAUCAGGUGAUACAUACAAUCGAAUUUUGUUUGGGUUGUAUAUCUAAUACAGCAAGUUAUUUGCGAUUAUGGGCUCUGAGUUUAGCUCAUGCACAAUUGUCCACCGUUUUAUAUGAUAUGACUUUGAAAAGUACGAUACAUCCCAAGGGAGUUUUAGGAGUUAUAUUACUCAUAAUAACAGCUCUCUUGUGGUUUAUUUUGACUGUUGGUAUCUUACUGCUUAUGGAAGGAUUAUCUGCUUUCUUACAUGCGUUACGUUUGCACUGGGUUGAAUUCAAUAAUAAAUUUUAUGAAGGUUCAGGUAGAAAAUUUAUACCAUUCUCAUUUAAACACAUUUUUAAAGACUCGGAUGAUGAUUAAUUAUAAUUAAUUUAUUAUCACAUAAGAGAGGUUCUAUUAUUUUAUUAACAUGAAUAUUUAUUUUUAUUAUUACCUUUAAUUUGUGUAUUUCUAUUCAUUAUUUGUAUUACAUUUCUUCUUUUUUUUUAAAUAACUUUUUUUUGUAUAACGAGAUAAAAAAUCACAAAUGAUGUCUUUCUUCUUAUAUUUGAAAAAAUAUUCAUUCGUUACAAUAAAAUUUUUAAUUCAAACAUUUUU